AUGGCUGGAGAAACAGGUCGUAGGCUACAUCCCUGGAGUGACUCCAAGAGCUCUAGGGAGCUGCUUCCCCAAGAUAGCAUCACCUUUGAUGCUGCUCCGGAGCUCUGCUGGAAGCAAGCAGCCUCUUUGGGCACUGCCAUAGAAGCUGCUUCUCACCACCCCAGAGACUGGGCAAUGAUACUGGGCUGCUAUGGAGGUAAAGCUUUACCUUUUCAUGGUCUUGCUUGCCAGCAACAAAAGCCACGAGCCACAAGAAGUUCACCUCUGCCUCCCUGCUAUUGCCCAAAUUUUGUCGGAGAAUAUGUAGUCAUCGAUGACACCAAUGUCACUAGGCUGCAGCUGGAGAAAGAGAUUGAGGCUCUCAAGGAGGAGUUGCUCUUUAUGAAGAAGAACCAUGAGGAGGAAGUAAAGGGUCUACAGAACCAAAUUGCCAACUCCGGGUUGACUGUGGAGUUGGAUGCCCCCAAGUCUCAGGACCUCAGUAAGAUCAUGGCAGACAUCCGGGCCCAGUAUGAUGAGCUGGCUCGGAAGAACCGAGAGGAGCUGGACAAAUACUGGUCCCAGCAGAUUGAGGAAAGCACCACAGUGAUUACCACACAGACCUCAGAAAUAGGAGAGGCUGAGAUGACCCUCAGGGAGCUGAGACGUACCGCCCAGUCCUUGGAGAUCAACCUGGAUUCGAUGAGAAACCUGAAGGCCAGCUUAGAGAACAGCCUCAGGGAGGUUGAAACCCGCUACGCCAUGCAGAUGGAGCAGCUCAACGGGGUUCUGCUGCACCUGGAGUCUGAACUGUCCCAGACCCGGGCAGAGGGGCAGCGCCAGGCCCAGGAGUAUGAAGCCCUGUUGAAUGUCAAGGUCAAGCUGGAGGCUGAGAUCGCUACCUACCGUCGCCUGCUGGAAGAUGGGGAGGACUUCAAUCUCAGUGACGCCCUGGACAGCAGCAGCUCCAUGCAAACCAUCCAGAAAACCACUACCCGCAAGAUUGUGGACGGCAAGGUCGUUUCUGAGACCAAUGACACCAAAGUUCUGAGGCGUUGAGG